ACAACUUAUUAGCUGCCAUCACACAACUAAUUCAAACCCAACAAGGGUUGGCAGAUACUAUUAACAUGGGAGGCAAUGCAAAUAUAAAUGCAAAUACCCAAAAUGUCCCUAAUAAUAAUGCUAAUAACAACGUUUCAAAAAUUAGCAUUAGAAUUCCAACAUACAGGGGAGAGCCGAAAGAAAAUGUUGUUGCCUGGCUUCUUCAAGUUCAAAAGUUACAGCAACAGAAAAUAAUGCAUUCUUUGCCAAUUGAGAUAGUUUUGCAACAGCUAUCUGCCAAGCAUUUCAGCCCCCAACUAUCAGUAUUACCUUCGUCAGCAACUCAAGAAACUACUCCAGACUGGGGUCUCAAACACGCUACCAGAACGGAGAUAGCUUAUCAGGCACCAGCUGCUUUAGAAGAAGCUUAG